CUAGCGUUAAAAUAUAAGCACUUUAGCGUCGAAGUAGUGGCGCGCGCUAUUAUCUUAUUUUUUUCUCAGAUGAGCCCUACGGUUAUCUUCUAGUUUACAAAGAGGCAAAAGUUUAGUUGGUUCCUUUCAUCGUCGGCACUGAGUGCGCAUGCGCUAUGAUUCCGCGUGCUUCUGUCACGAAACAGACGCUAGUGCUCCAGAGGCGCCGAAACAGCCAUGGCUGAAGAAAGCAACAACGGAAACACGCCUCCUGCGUUUACCUUCGGCGAGGAAGCAACCACGACCACAAGCCAGGAAUUCUCCAAGGGUGCUUUGUGUACGUCCGACUAGUGCGCUACGAUUUGUGACGACUCCUUCGAAGACCUGGGGAACGCGUUGAACAGCCACAACGAUGGCACGGACGUCACUGGUCUUUACACAUGUCACUGAAAGCGGAAUCACCAGCUCCCCGCCUGUGGCGCCCAACAGCAGCAUCCAUCACGCACAGCCCAGUAGAAGGCACGCUAGCAUAGAGGAAGCAUCGGUCAUUCCGGAAAACAUCGCUAGGAUUUCUGACGACGCCUCGCGUUACCAGGGCAAUAGGCAGCACAUGCUUAUGACCGACGGUAUUUGCAACGCCGACGGUGUCGCUGACAAUGGCAGCACGAGUUGCCAGAACCUAGGGUCCGUCAGGAGCAUGGAUAAGGCAACGCCAAGCGCAUGUCGCACUGGCAUGGAGAAACCAUCAGCCAAAUUCGAAGACGGUGCCACGAAUGCUCCUGGAACCGGAGGCAGGGAAGAGCGAGAGUUGUGCGGUGUCUGCGGCAACGUUUCGAGCCAACGGGAUGCCUUACACGGGCACGCCAAGGAAGCCACAGAUGACACAGCACACAAUUUCAAAGCAUGCGAGCAGUCAUUUGUGAAGAUGUCCAAGUGUGUACACAACCGCACCGACAAAAAACACAAAUGUGAAACAUGUGGUAAACAGUUCCACCGGGGAGAUCACCUAGCUGAACAUUACCGCACACACACGGACGAGAGACCCUACAAAUGCGGAAUAUGUGAUCAAUCGUUCCGGCAGUAUAAUCAUCUAGAUAACCAUAAGCGCAUGCACACAGACGAGAGACCCCACAAAUGCGGAAUAUGUGAUAAAUCUUUCCGGCGGUCCAGUCAUUUGGAAGACCACAAGCGCACGCACACAGGUGAGAAACCCCACAUUUGCAAAACAUGCGGUAAAUCAUUCACACUGGUGGUGAGUCUCCGUAGACAUCAGCGCACUCACGAAUAGUAGAAACGCCAUGUGUGCCAAAAAUGGGCUACUUCAUUCAAAAACAAAUAUGAUCUCAAGAGACAUGUAGGCUAGCAGUAUGGAAAGAGCGCUUUUGCCAUCGCGAAAUCUGCGAUUGGUCCUUUAAGAAAAAUGCAAAUCUCCUUCGUCACCGCCGGACAAAGCAAGUGGAUAAGUAUACGCAGUGCAGAUGUCAUUUUACAGACAAACACGCGAUAGGCAUGUGUGCCAAAAGCAAUGCGAGAUGUGAGCGAUGCCGUCUGGUGUUUUUCGAAAUUGCGCAACAAGACUUCGUUGCUAGUACAAUUUGGGUUGCUUCAAUGUCACCAAAUACUGCAGGUCCUGGCCAGCGCUCACUGUUUCAUAAACAAUGUUGAUGGUGAACGUUCCUUAUCAAACUGACUUCAAGACAAACAAACCCUAAUGGGCUGCAAAAUUGUGUUUUGUGCAUCUAGAGUGCUGAUAUGUCCACAAAAGAUCAUUGACCCUCAUUUGCUAAAAGAAACAUCUUGUGCAGUUCUUUUGACAGUGUACCAGCAAACACGCUUUAAUCAACCCUAUUCGUAGUGUUCUUGCAGUGUAAACAGAAUGAGAUGUCUUAUUAGGAAGCAUGUGAGAAAGGAGGUACUUGAAAAGAUUGGUUGCGCUUUGUAGACGAUCACAUGGAAGAAGACAGGACAAGCGCAAACUAACAACUGAGGUUUAUUCGAGAAAAAGACUUAAACAUCAGACCAUACGAGCGCAGGCGCAUCAGAGUAUCAACAGCAGAAAAGAAAAGAAACAUGAAAUCAGAAAAAAAAACCAAUGGCGUGGCUCUGCUAAACAUAUCUAGGAAACGUGCCUCCCUAUUGUAAAGCAUGCCCGAUGUGUCACUGAUGCAUGCUUGUCCUUUUUUUUAUAUAGUAUGCCUCUAGAAGUUCUCGUGCUUUUUCGUUAUUGCACUUGCGCAGGAUCUUAACCUGGUUGAGCAGAGGCCUGCAUUUAUGAUCUAAGCAAUGCAUGGGUAAAUGACGUUGCUCCGGGUUUUUAAUUGACCUUUGGUGUUCUCGGAUUCGCACGUUCACACAACGGCCCGUCUGGCCUAUGUAGGUUUUGCCGCAUGUCAGGGGAAUCUGAUAAAUAACGCCAACUUGGCAAUCUGCAUGGGGGUCAACUUUGCGCCCGCAUUGGGAGACUUCACGCCAGAAAGAAGCAAGGUGGCUGCGGCGUGAAACACAGUUGUUAGUUUGCGCCUGUCCUGUAUUCUUCCUUGUGAUUGUCUACAAAGCGCAACCAAUCUUUCCAAAUGCGAUGAACUAACUUGCCUAACAACACAUUCUGCUGAAGGAGGUACUGUAGUUUAGUAAACUCAAAAGGAAUUUCUGUCAUUAUAUGAUGUAGAAAUGCCAAUGUUGCCUUCGAAAGACCGCACUUGCAGAUGCUUUGACAACAAUGCAUAACUACAUUGUGUGCGAUUCAAAAUUAUUUGCUUGAAAUUGAGUUCUAUACAUUGACUGUUCUUUGGCACCUGUAUGCACACCGCAGAUGUUUCUCCUAUACCAUAAAAUAACCUGAUGAUGGCAGUGAGACUGUAUUAUAUUCUAAUCAUUUGGAGCGUCACUAUAGAAUAUGGUCUCCCACUGGAAAAUUUUAGUUAUGUUUUAAUGUGGCCGAAUUUCUGAAGUUUAAUGGAUAGUUCUUUAUAUACUUGGGAAGUCGUCUGCUUUCAGUCGAACUGCUAUCUAGUUGCGGCUGUAAAAUCUUUUAGCCUGAUUUGACAAAAGUGUGUGUGAAAAAAUGACAAUAAAGCUUUUGACAUCAGUUUUCA